UCUCGCGAUAGCCGCGGCGAAGAGGUCGAGCUUUGCGUCCGAGCAGUCGAGUCUUGCGUGGGCGUCGCCAUCUUGUAUUUUCGGACCGGGCGGCGACGGGAAAAGCCUCCAGCGCUCAGUGCGGAGCAGGCAAGCGGCAUUGAGAGGAUCAGUGGGGAGAAGACAAGAGAGGUACCAGAAGCUUUUUCCUAGCCUGUCCUGGAAGUAUGUUUCUGACAAUAGUGCUGCUUCGAAAUGCAAUCCCUGGGAAACAAUGGAUUGGUAAAUACAGACGACCAAGGUUCAUUGGUCCUGAAAUGAAGAGGAAUAUGAUUCGAAGGCUGGAAAUUGAAGCUGAAAAUAUAUAUUGGUUGAGUCGGGCAUACAUGACACAAGAGCAGAGCCGGGAACAAAACCGGGAACAGAGAAGGGCAGCACUUCAGGCUUUAAUAGAUGCAGCAAGAGCUAAGUUUCCUGAACACAAGUAUAUUGCAGACCAUUUGGACCACCUUAAUGUGACCAAGAAAUGGGGAAGCCCUUGAAGAAUAUUUAUUGCUGUUUAACUGGAUUGUUUGCAUUCACUGACAUUUGCAAUAAUCAUUCUUAGUAAAGCUGAUAAACGAAUGUUAUUCUUUA